GCCAAUAACCUCACCUCAAUUGCACCUUACUGUAUAGCUAAUACCCAGACAUCCACCAUGGCAGCAAGGCCCGCCAGAUUCAACCAGCAGGUGCUCGUCGACACCACUCCUCUGCCCGAUGACAUCCCCAAGGUCAAGGAGAUCGGCGCCUCAUCUGCUCCGCUGCUGAGCGCCUCCUUCUUCAUCGGCGCCCGCUGCAAGCCCUACAAUGACGACUACAUGGUCUGCAAGACCGAGGCCAACGGCACCGGCGAGUUCGACUGCAUGAAGGAGGGCAGGAAGGUCACUAGAUGCGCUGCCAGCGUCCUGGAGGACAUCAACAAGCACUGCCUGAACGAGUUCCGCUUCCACUGGCAGUGCCUCGAGGACAACAACCAGCAGCUCUGGCAGUGCCGCAAGCCCGAGCGGACGCUGAACAAGUGUGUCUUUGACAACUUGAAGCUGGAGAAGACUAUACCCGGCGCGCCCAAGAACGAAGUGCCCGUGCACCUCCGCAAGAAGCAGAUCUACGGCCACAGCCCGACCCUCAUGUAAAUUACUAUCCAUGGAAUGCAAGGAUUCGGGGCACACGCGAUUUGAACUCUGUAUUUUCCGAAGCUGUAAAUCCCAAAUUCAAGGGGUUGCGUUGUGCGCAGAGAAGCUUAUGCUCGCCCGCGGGGCGUAACGACCAGCUACAAGGCCCAGAAACGUGGCCAUGUCAUAUAUUAGCAGAAACCAGAAAUCGACAAGAGGGCAGGAGUGCAAAGCUCAACUCAGAAUUCCAUGGCCAACGGCGCCAAUACGAACCCCGCAAGCCCUUUUGUCAUCUCGCCAGAAUACCAAC